AUGGAAGCUGCCUGGAUUUCAAAGAAAGUGACGAUGAUAGUGACGAUCUGUACCUACAAUGCACGUACACUUGCAUCCGAGUCCUCGAUAGAAGACUUGUUCAUGCAAGCAAGAAGGAUAGGGUACGGCGUCAUCGAUCUGGCCGAGACGAGAAGACGCCAGCCUUUCAACGCCGUCUAUGACAUCGGAGAAGAACUGUUCCUCGGAACAUGCGACAGUAGAGGAGUCGGCGGCGUCGGCGUUCUCGUCAACACGAGUUUGUCCAUGAACAUCAAUUCAUUCGAACAACUUACAACUCGAAUCGGACGUUUACGAUUAAGAAGACGUGGAACAUUUCCGGCUUCGACAAUCUUCGUCGUUUACGCGCCGACAUCAAACCAUGACGAAGAAGAAAUCGAAGCGUUCUAUGUGGAUUUGGAGAAAUUCUACGGAGAAGACCACACAUUCUUCAAGGUUGUAGAGAUUGGAGACUUAAACGCCAAGAUGGGACAAGAAAGAACGUCUGAAGAAGGUCAUAGUGGGACAAACGGAACGACAGAGUGA